AGGACGCCUCGUGUCUCUUAAAAGACAUUUCCUCGUUCCUCUCUCCUCGCAUGGUUUCCUCCAUGCAUCCGUGGUGGGAGGGACUAAGACGCAAGGAAAGGACCCAAGUGAGGGAAACGGGGAUGCAAUUAAGAGUCUUGGGAUGUACCCGAAGAGUCAGUUUUUCUGGAGGAAACAUGGCUUCCCCUGCCGGUUGCGAGCAUUAUGUACGCAGCUGCUUAUUGAAAGCGCCUUGCUGUGGUAAACUGUACGUGUGUCGGCUGUGCCAUGAUGCAGAGGAGAACCACCAGAUGGAUAGAUUCAAAGUCAGAGAGGUGCAGUGCUCUGAGUGUCAGACAGUGCAGCAGGCCCAGCAGACUUGCCAGCAGUGUCAUGAGCAGUUUGGGGAGUACUACUGUGACAUUUGCCACUUGUUCGAUAAGGAUAAGAAGCAGUACCACUGUCAGCCCUGUGGAAUAUGCAGGAUUGGGCCCCGGGAGAAGUAUUUCCAUUGUGAGAAGUGCAAUCUGUGUUUAGCUCAGGAUCUGCGGGGAAACCACAAGUGUGUUGAAAACGUUUCGAGGCAGAACUGCCCAGUGUGUAUGGAGGAUAUUCACACGUCCAGAAUUAGAGCUCACGUUCUUCCAUGCGGCCAUCUUUUACACAGGACCUGCUUUGAUGACAUGGUCAGAACAGGAGCGUAUCGCUGUCCUCUGUGUAUGCACUCUGCCUGGAAGAUGGAGGACCACUGGGAUCAGAUAGACGAAGAGAUUUCCCUGUCACCGAUGCCCACUGAAUACCAGGGUGCAACUGUCAAAAUUAUAUGUAACGACUGCCAAGCCCACUGCACGGUGCCUUUCCACGUGCUGGGGAUGAAGUGCAGCAGCUGUGGCUCCUACAACACUGCACAGGAUGGGGGACUCAUCCGGCAGUCUCCUCAACAACAACAACAACAACAACAGCAGCAGCAGCAGCAGCCAGAGCAGGACGCUGAGCAGAAUGAGGCAGAAACAGACACGGAGCCAGAGCAGCAAGAUCAAACUUAAUCGCUUACGCCAGAUUAAACAUUGACAUUUGUACUUUAGAUGUUUGGCUGGUUCACUUACUUGGACCAACUUACAUUGAGUGUAACAGUUGACUGAGCCAAUAUUCCUAGAUUGUACAUAUUACAAGAACAAUCCCAUCUAUUUUCUGUAUCUGCUUAUCCUCUUCAGGGCUGGAACCUUUCCCAGCAUGCACUGGGUGAGGUGAAGUGUAUCAGGCUAUCACAGGAUUCACACACUUACAGGCAAUCUGGAGUCAUAGUCCAUCUGACCACCCCGGAGGGACUUACUGGUGACAGUCUAACCUCUGAGCCACUGUGUGGCACCAUGAUGAAGAUAAAGAAUGAGCAGGUUAACUACUACUGGUGGUGGAUCAGAACAAUUGUGAUUGUUUUCUGUUAAGUUCAGGGACUGUCAUCCUACUGUACAUCCUAUUUAAAUGUUCUACGUAAGUGUUCACAUAAGUGUGUCAGCUUGGAAUACACACAGUCCUUUAUCUGCCUGUACAACUAUACUUAGUACCAGAUUUGUAAGUUUGUCAGACCCAAAUAGAAAUCCGCCUCAGGCAGACGUUGGUGAUUAGCGACAUAGUAAGCCUGCAGGUUAACUGUCAUACUGGCAGCAUGGCAAUACAAACCAGGUGCAUAGGAUUCAAAUACAAUUCCGGAUUUGUGAAAAGUGGAACUGACACACAGGGCGACUAAAAUAUAUAUGGAGAUGCAUUCAACUAUCUAGAAAAGUGCACUCUUUAAUUUAGCUGCUUUUUUGUUCAGAUGCCCAUUCAGUCAAAAAAAAUAAACAGACAGCAUCAUUCUGAAUCAAACUAAACCAUAAUAUUAAUAAUUACUAAGAGUGGGUUCCGGUCUUAUUCAUUAUUAUAUGGUUUAGUUUGAUUUAGGUGUCAUAUUGACUAUCAAAUUGUUGUUUAAAGCUGUAAUCCAAAUACAAGCGAAAGCAUUGCCUCGUCUGUUGCUCUCCAAAUGA